AAGCUGGGAAUCAGAACUCUGAAUGCUUCCCAAAAGAAGGAAGCAUUUCAGAUAAGAUCUGGGUGCAGAGAUCUUCAGAGAGACAUUCGUCUAGUGCAAGUCAGUCAGAAAGAUCUAAUUAGAGGUUAUUUAACCAAAGCAUCUGGGUUGAUUGUAUACCGAGUUGAAGAAACUGCAUUUUCUUGAACGGGGUCUGGACAAUGGAGACUACGCUAGCAAAAACGCCACAGACAAGGCAAGUUACUUUUCUUACUAUAUUGUUGCUUUUCUGGGAGGCUGGCUCUGAAGCAAUUAGGUAUUCCAUGCCAGAAGAAACAGAAACUGGCUCCUUUGUGGCCAACCUAGCAAAAGACCUGGGGCUCAGGGUGGGGGAACUAGCUACUCGGGGCGCGCGAAUCCAUUACAAAGGAAACAAACAGCUCUUGCAGCUGGAUAUAAAGACCGGGAAUUUGCUUCUGUAUGAAAAACUAGACCGGGAGGUGCUGUGCGGGUUGACCGAUCCCUGUAUACUGCAUUUCCAACUAUUACUGGAAAACCCGGUGCAGUUUUUUCAAGCUGAUCUGCAGCUCACAGAUAUAAAUGACCAUUCCCCAGAGUUCCUAGACAAGGAAAUGCUCCUAAAAAUCCCAGAGAGCGUCCAGCCUGGGACUGUAUUUCCUUUGAAAAUGGCGCAGGACUUUGACAUAGGUAGCAACUCUGUUCAGAACUACACAAUCAGCCCCAACUCCCAUUUUCAUGUUGUCACUCAUAAUCGCGGAGAUGGCAGAAAAUACCCAGAGCUGGUGCUGAACAAAGCGCUGGAUCGAGAAGAGCAGCCUGAGCUCAGCUUAACCCUCACGGCGCUGGAUGGCGGGGCUCCGCCCAGGUCCGGGACCACUGCAGUCCGCCUUGAAGUUGUGGACGUCAAUGAUAACGCCCCUGAGUUUUCACAGUCGCUCUAUGAGGUACAGGUGCCCGAAAACAGCCCCCUAGACUCCUUAGUUGUCGCUGUCUCCGCCCGAGAUAUGGAUGCGGGAACAUACGGGUAUGUUACCUACAGUCUAUUUCAAGGAGAUGAAAUUACUCAGCCAUUUGUAAUAGACGAAAUAACGGGAGAAAUUCGUCUGAAAAAGACAUUGGAUUUUGAGGCAACUCGAUAUUAUAAUGUGGAAAUUGCAGGCACAGACGGUGGGGGUCUUUCAGGAAAAUGCACUGUAGCUGUAGAAGUGGUGGACGUGAAUGACAACGCUCCUGAACUGGCCAUGUCGACGCUCACCAACUCCAUCCCAGAAAACGCCCCAGAGACUGUAGUUGCUGUUUUCAGUGUUUCUGAUCCAGACUCUGGGGACAACGGAAGGGUGGUUUGCUCCAUUCAAGAUGAUCUCCCCUUUCUCCUGAAACCCACAUUCAAGAACUUUUACACCCUAGUGACAGAGAGACCGCUGGACAGAGAGAGCCAAGCCGAGUACAACAUCACCAUCACCGUCACCGACCUGGGGACACCCAGGCUGAAGAGCGAGCACAGCAUCUCCGUGCAGGUGGCCGACGUCAACGACAACGCCCCGGCCUUCAGCCAAAGCGCCUACACCCUGUGGGUCCGCGAGAACAACGGCCCCGCCCUGCACAUCGGCAGCGUGAGCGCCACCGACCCGGACUCGGGCGCCAACGCGCGGGUCACCUACUCGCUGCUGCCGCCCGGCGACGCGCGCCUGCCGCUGGCCUCGCUGGUGUCCAUCAGCGCGGACACCGGGCAGCUGUUCGCGCUGAGGCCCCUGGAUUUCGAGGCGCUGCGCGCCUUCGAGUUCGGCGUGGGCGCGGCCGACGGCGGCUCGCCGGCGCUGAGCAGCCGGGCGCUGGUGCGCGUGCAGGUGCUGGACGUCAACGACAACGCGCCCGUCGUGCUGUACCCGCCGCAGAACGGCUCUGCGCCCUGCACCGAGCUGGUGCCGCGCGCGGCCGACGCGGGCUACCUGGUGACCAAGGUGGUGGCGGUGGACGGCGACUCGGGCCAGAACGCCUGGCUGUCGUACCAGCUGCUCAGGGCCACGGAGCCCGGGCUGUUCGGCGUGUGGGCGCCCAGCGGCGAGGUGCGCACGGCCCGGCAGCUGAGCGAGCGCGACGCGCCCAGGCACAGGCUGGCGGUGCUGGUGCGCGACCACGGCGAGCCGCCGCUGUCGGCCACCGUCACGCUGCACGUGCUGCUGGUGGACGGCUUCUCGCAGCCCCACCUGCCGCGGGCCGAGGCGGCGGCCGAGCAGGCGCGGGCCGAGCCGCUCACCGUGUCCUUGGUGGUGGCCCUGGCGGCGGUGUCGUCGCUCUUCCUGCUGUCGGUGCUGGGCGUCGUGGCGGCGCGGCUGUGCGCGAGGGCCCGGGCGGCGUCUGCGGGGGGCUGCUCGGGGCCCGGGGGCGGCCUUGCGGGCCACCUGGUGGACGUGAGCGGCGGCGGGACGCUGUGCCAGGCCUACCGCUAUGAGGUGUGCCUGUCGGGAGGCUCGGGGACCGGCGAGUUCAAGUUCCUUAAACCGAUUCUCCCCGACCUCCAACCCCAACGUGCUGAGGAAGCAAUACAGGAAAAUGCCACCUUCCAGCAUAGCUUUGGAUUCAAAGAAAUUUGCAAGUGACCUCCUUGCACCUUUAGCCCAGAGCCUGGAGCCCAGAUGUGGAGCUUCAAGCCCAGCCAAAGCAGUUUUCCUGGAUGGAUUUCUACCUUGGGAAAAGGGACUCACUUUAUUCUUUUCAUUUUCUCUCUU